CCGGUGGGAGGAGCCUCGGGGGCAUUGCACCCCCCGAGGGGCGAAAGGCGAGCCCGGAUCCGGCUGCCGAGCGAUGCCUCCCGCAGGAACGACCGCGGCGCCCGCUUACGACGCCGUCCGGCCUCUCGGAGCCCCAGAAACCUUGGCAAGCCACGGUUUUGGAAACGCGACCAAUAAAUCGGAAAACGGCUCUUCCAAAGAUGGAGGAGGGAACCUUGAAUAUAUCGCCUAUUUCCUGAUCCCGGUAUUCUUCCUCAUGGGGCUGUUAGGGAUUUUAAUUUGCCACGUGCUGAAGAAAAAGGGCUAUCGGUGUACGACGGAAGCGGAGGAAGAAGAUGAACAGCUGGGGGAAAAGAUAGAAUUGAACGACAGCAUCAACGAAAACAGCGACACUGUGGGACAGAUAGUCGAUUAUAUCAUGAAAAACGAAGCCAACGCGGAUGUGCUGAAGGCCAUGGUCGCUGACAAUUCUGUGUGCGAUCCAGAAAGCCCAACGACGCCAGGCAGCCCAACGAGUCCAGGUUCUCCGUUGUCUCCUGGAGGCCCUUUGUCAAAGCACACUUGCCGAGGACAUCACUUGCACACCAUUGGCGGGGUGGCCGGGACAGGCGCUUGUUCUCGUUGCAGCCAUAAACGGUGGAACCUCUUCAGUCCAAAUAAAAGAGCCAAAGAAGCCAAAAGACCCCGACAUGGACAGGUCACCGUACUCGCCGUGGGAAGAUUUCGGGUUACCAAAGUGGAACCUAAGGCUGCUGCGAAGGACCGUAAACAAUUGGUGUCCGUCAGUGACGUGCCUUCUACUCCACUGAAAGAAACCUCAAAAGAACAGUCAGCUUCUCUUCCUGUCACCCCGGGAUCGAAAGAGCCGCCAGAAUCGACUCCGACCAAACCGGGAAAGGCUGCGAGAUCAGAUUCAGGAUAGCAAAUUUGGGAGCGGAAAGCCAUAGCAGGACAUGUCAGCAGGGUUAGAGAAAGCAAGAAAGACCAUUGGAAGGGGGAGAAAAAAUGAUUCCUCAAGCAGGUAUUUGUGAACGCCACAUCUUGGGCAGCUUUCACUAACCGAAUCUCUGCACCGUUGGGCCCCAGAUAUUUAACAUAUUGUUAAUAACGGACUAUUGAAUGGCAUUUAUAUAUCCGAAGGCUGCCGGAAUGUACUGCCUGCAGUUUUACAUAUGUAUGUUUAAAAAAGCCUUUUUUAUUUUUUUUUCCCCUGACAAAGCAAGAUGAAAAGUCUCAAAACUCCUUUUUUGUUGUUGUUGUUUUCCAAGCGUCUCUUGUUAUGUUGUCGCACGGCAGGCGGUCGAAGCCAAUUGACCAAAGCAAAUAACACAAAAUUGUCUAUAAUCCCAUCCUGCUUGUAUCUUGAGAACAGGACAAAAAGAAAAUGGUGAGCCGUGUUUUCGCCUUAAUUGAUUGCCGCUGUCCCAACGGCUGCUAACGUAACGCACUUGCCUUAAUUACAUUUAUUCUGCGACUUUACUGUCAUUGCUGGUUUGGUUCUCGAAGCCGAAUUUAGCGCAUUUUGUGGAUGUGUCCCGAGAAGUAGUUGGAGGCCAGACGUGCAAAUGUAGUCUUAACUUUUUGACGCUGGCGGUAAAACUGUGACAAUAAAACUCACAGGCGGUCCUCGACUUACGACGACAGCCGAUCCCCAAACUUCUGUCGCUGAGUGAGCAACCGUUCCUGACUGAGUUUUGCUCCCCUCUCUACGAUCUUUCUUGCCGCGGUUGUUAAGCGGAUGGCUUCAGUUGUUAAAUCAGUGACAAGGUUGCUAAAUGAAUCUGGCUUGUCAGAAGGUCGCAAAAGGAGAUCGUGUGAAACAUACACACACACACACACACACACACACCCGACGCAACCGUCAUAACUGUGAGUCGGCUCCCAAGCGUCUGAAUUUUUGAUCACGUGACCAUGGGGAUGCUGCCAGGGUCAUGAAUAUGAAAAACAUUUGUAAAUUCCUUUUUUUCCCCCAGUGCAGUCAUAAGUCGAGGACCAUCUGUAAUUCUGCUGAGUCAGCUGUGCUCUUUUUCACUUGCCCUUCUACUUGUUGGUGCCAGUAUAUCUAUGGCAUUUGCUUAGGGAAAGCAUCUUCUGUUGAUAUUAUUCUCUUCUGAUAUAAGUUAUUUUUGCUAUCCGUACAUUUGGAAAUGAAGGGUAUGAUGGAUGAUCUCAAUGGGUCUUUGUCUAAAUCAGAGGUGAGGAAUUGGGUCCCCUUUGUGGACUUCAACUCCCAGAAUUCGUUAACCAGCAUGGCUGGCUCGGGAAUUCUGGGAGUUGAAGUCCACCAGUCAUAAUUAAGGGCCAUAGUUCUCAUGCCGGCUCAGGAAUUCUGGGAGUUGAAGUCCACCAGUCAUAAAUAAGAGCCAUAGUUCCCAUGCUGGCUCAGGAAUUCUGGGAGUUAAAGUUCACAUUUCAUAAAUAAGAGCCAUAGUUCCCAUGCCGGCUCAGGAAUUCUGGGAGUUGAAGUCCACCAGUCAUAAAUAAGAGCCAUAGUUCCAGUGUAGGCUCAGGAAAUCUGGGAGUUGAAGUCCACAAGCCAAAAGAGCCACCAUCCCUGCUCUAAAUCUUAAUCUUGUUCGCCUGAUGCUCAGUGGAUUGUUAUUUAACUGCGAAUCCAUUCUUGAGGAAGUAACCUGAUUGCAAGUAUCCUUAAGGUUUGCAACGGUUUGUACUAAAACCAGUUGCAUCAUUCCCAGCCCAGCUAGAAAACCUUUAAAUCAAUAUUCACGUCUUCAGCAGUUGACCAAAAUCUUCGGAUUUGCACAAAAGAAUCCAUGCGCUUGAAUAAGUCUUUUUCUCCGUUGGCAGAAUAUAAUGCUGCUGUUUUAUCGAUCGACUUGUGCAGUUUAUCAGCUGCCGAAGCAGACUCAUUUUUCACGUGAAAUGUAAUUUAACUGUGCAUUAAAUGUAUGUUAACCGUUUGGUUUGGUUGUGAGCAUUUUGUACAAUAGACUUGAUCGUUCAUUUGGAGCAAUAAAAGCAACAAAGCCCUUUUUAAACCGGC